AUGGCUGAUACCACCGUCUACCGUGCCGGUACCACGGCCCCCGUUAACAUUGCCGUCGUCAAGUACUGGGGCAAGCGUGAUGCCAAGCUGAACCUCCCGACCAACAGCUCCAUAUCCGUGACUCUCUCCCAGGCCGACCUCCGCACGCUCACGACGGCCUCGUGCUCGACCGCCUUCGCCGAGGACAGCCUGACGCUCAACGGCGAGCCCUCCGACAUCUCGGGCGCCCGGACGCAGGCCUGCUUCCGCGAGCUGCGCGCCCGCCGCGCGGCCCUGGAAGCCGCCAACUCCUCGCUCCCCAAGCUGUCCGCGAUGCCGCUCAAGAUCGUCUCCGAGAACAACUUCCCAACCGCUGCUGGCCUUGCAUCCUCGGCGGCAGGCUUCGCCGCCCUCGUCCAGGCCAUCGCCAACCUCUACGCGCUCCCCGACUCGCCCGCCGACCUCUCUCUUGUCGCCCGCCAGGGCUCCGGAUCUGCCUGCCGCAGUCUCUUUGGCGGCUACGUCGCCUGGCGCAUGGGCAAGAAGGCGGACGGCAGCGACUCCAAGGCUGACCUCGUCGCUGAGGCCUCGCACUGGCCCAGCAUGCGCGCCCUGAUCCUCGUGGCCAGCGCCGCCAAGAAGGGCGUGUCCUCCACGUCGGGCAUGCAGCAGACCGUGGCCACGUCGGGCCUCUUCAAGGAGCGCAUCGAGCGCAUCGUCCCGGAUAACAUGGUGGCCAUGGAGGAGGCCAUCCACAACCGCGACUUUGAAAAGUUUGCCGAGGUCUCCAUGCGCGACUCCAACUCGUUCCACGCGUGCUGCGCCGAUACAUACCCCCCCAUCUUCUACAUGAAUGACGUCUCUCGCGCUGCCAUCCGCGCUGUCGAGUCUAUCAACACCAAGGCUGGCAAGACGGUCGCCGCCUAUACCUUCGAUGCCGGCCCGAACUGCGUUGUUUACUACCUUGAGGAGAACAAGGAUGCCGUUCUCGGCGCGUUCUCAGAGACCCUUGGCAGCACUUCUGGCUGGAAAGCCGGCGUCGGCUCCAGCGCUGGCGUUUUGGACGAGACUGUUGCUGAAAUCCUUCGUGAUGGCGUGACGCGCGUUAUCAUGACUGGUGUUGGGGAGGGUCCCAUCAAGACGGAGGAGUUUCUGAUUGAUGCCAACGGCGAGACUGUGAAGCGAUAA